AGGUGUGUCGCUUUGCUUCCUCAGGCCGCCGGUGGCACGAUGGGCUGAGUCACGCCUGCCCACAGCUGCUGGUGUCCGCGCCCCGGGCACCGAGGUCUGGGACCGACCCUGGCGAGGACGGCCCUCCGCCCUUGGAGGAAAUGGCUGAGCAGCCUCGGCAGCAGCAGAGGAAAACUUCCUUCCUCUUGAUCCAGCUGCAGGCCCCCCCUGCCCAGGCUCCCCCCGCCCCGGCUCCAGCCGCAGCCGCCGGCACCGCAGCCCCAGGGGGGCCGGAGGAGGGACACAUUUUCCCAAGUCCCCGGGCAGCCUUCUUGGCAGAGCAGGACGUCGGCCGUGCACAGGGGCUGGCGGCUCCUCCCUGGCUGCUGCUGCCCACGGAAGGCCGGGGGGCAGAGGAACCAGCUGCUUUCGCUCACUCGGCCCCGAAGGGGAAGGAGAAGCAGGGGCAGGAAAAGCCCCAGGAUCUGGAUCUAAUUGGAGCCCCACGUCGCAGGCCUUGCCAGGCCCCUGCCUCCAGGAAAGUUGGCCGGCUGCGGUCCCUGCCAUGCAGUCUUCCUAGCCCAGCGCUGGCCAUGAGCGAUGGAAGCAGCGGUCCCUCCGUCGGCGGGAAGCACUGGCCGGGCAUCGCUGGUCCCCAGGACCUGUGGGGUAUGGACCAUCAGUCUGGAGAUGCCCUGGGAUGUGCAAUUCCACAAGCUGCCCUGGCCCAUGCUGCUGACAGGGGAGAAAGGGCCGCCCCGAGAACAGGGGCUGCAUUCCGCCAGGUACUGCCGAAGAGUUGUGAGGAGGACACAGGUACUGCCCUGCGGGCACAGAGGGCACGGCUCUGCAGAUUCCGCCCACCCGUUCAGACCUGCGAGAGCUGCCCGGCCCCGCCUGCCGCUCUGCCCCUCAAGGCAGAGACAUUUGUUUGGGUUAACAAUGCAUCAGCACAUUCCCAGAGUGUUGCCAAGGCCAAAUAUGAAUUUUUAUUUGGUACAUCUGAAGAGAAAACUCUGGAUAUUAGUGAUCAUGGGGGAAGCACCUUACUCCCACAGAAUGUUACGAAUGAAUUUCCAGAAUAUGGGACCAUGGAGGAAAGUGGAGAAGGUCUGCAGGCUUCCCUCGAGUUUGAUGUGGAGUCUCCGCCAUGCUGCCCACCAGGACAGCAGGGGAACCCGCUUCUGGCUGGCCACCACUCUGGGCUCAACAGUGUUACAGAAGGACCAAAAGAUGUCAGAGAGGCCCCAUCUCAAAGUCACCUCAAGGAACAAAGUUUACAAUCCAUUGACUCUUUGAUUUCAGCUCUGAAAGCCACAGAAACCAGAAUAGCUUCAGGGACAUUGCAGGCUACAAAGGUACUGGACAGAGACUCUGGUUCUCGUUUUUCAGUCCAGCAGGUAGAAAAAGAGCUGGACAUUGCCAGUUGUAAAACACAGGGAGCAAACAAACUAAUCCUUGCUGGCCAAGAAAAAUCACCGGAAAUACCUCUUUCAGCUGCAGUAACAACUGAGGAAAGUUUUUAUUUGAGCAUCCAACAGGAUCUGACAGCACUGCUCACUGGAGGAACUCAGCCAGAGCUUUCCCAGUUAGCUAAUAGUGGGAGAACAGGGGCUCUGUGUCUGCAGGAGCCCAUUUGUCCAGUGUCAGCCCACACCUCUGUGGGCAGUGGUGGAUUUUUGAGGGAGAGGAGGUUUGAUCUGGAGAGAGAGCUUCCUCGGGGAUGUGAUCGAGGCAGCUCCACAGGACGUCCAGGCCGGACCAAACAUGUGGAAUUUCAAGGGGUGGAGAUACUGUGGGCAGGAGAAAAGAGCGAGGCAAGGCAUCCGGUAGAUUUUGUGACAUCGUUGGAAAGGACAGUUUGUCCUGAAAGCAAUGAAUUUUCCCAUGUGCCAAGCCAUCUUGGUUCAUCUGCUGGUUUAUGUAAUUCAGUUGGUUUAAUUGAGAGUGUUUGGGAUGAAAACUGGAAAGAUCCCUUACAGAGGCCUGGCACCAGCUCAGAGACAUUUGCCCCUGUGCCUUUUAUGGACAGUGGAGAGGAUGAAGUCUUCCUGAAGGAAAACAAACAACAUCUUGAGAAAAAACCUGAACUGGAGACCGUCAGGGAAAGGAUUCCUGAGCUAGAGGAGUCCAUCAGGGUUGGAGAAGAUGAUGUCUCGGGGCCUGGGUAUGCAGAGGAUUCCACUGAUGUGUACAGCUCCCAGUUUGAAACCAUUCUGGACAACACUUCUUUAUACUACAGUGCCGAGUCGUUGGAGACAUUGUACUCAGAGCCCGAGAGCUAUUUUAGCUUUGAAAUGCCCCUCACUCCGAUGAUUCAGCAGCGCAUUAAAGAAGCUGGUCAGUUUUUGGAGAGGACAUCAGGGGGAGGACAGCACGAUGUCCUCAGUGUCACCGCAGAUGGUGGAAUUGUGAUGGGCUCCUCGAGUGGGAUCACCAAUGGCCUGGGUGACACCUGUGACUCCAUCUACACAAAGGGUACCCCUGAGAUCGCUUUCUGGGGAAGCAAUGCUGGAGUGAAAAAGACACUGCUAGAGACUCAUUCUGAAAUGGGGAGCAAUGAAAUUCUGGAAAAGGAGACCCCUGAAAGUCUCAGUAAUGGUACCAACAGCAACAUGGAAGCAGCCAAAAGGUUGGCCAAACGCCUUUAUCAACUAGACCGAUUCAAAAGAUCAGAUGUUGCGAAGCACCUGGGCAAGAACAAUGAAUUUAGCAAACUAGUUGCAGAAGAAUAUCUGAAGUUUUUUGAUUUUACAGGAAUGACGCUGGAUCAGUCUCUCAGGCAUUUCUUUAAGGCAUUUUCUCUUGUGGGAGAAACUCAAGAACGAGAAAGAGUUUUAAUACACUUCUCCAAAAGAUAUUUUUAUUGUAACCCAGAUACCAUUUCUUCACAAGAUGGAGUCCAUUGCCUCACCUGUGCUAUGAUGUUGCUGAACACCGAUCUACACGGCCAUAAUAUUGGAAAGAAGAUGACCUGCCAAGAGUUCAUUGCAAAUCUUCAAGGGGUAAAUGAGGGUGGUGAUUUCUCCAAGGAUCUGCUGAAGGCUCUGUACAACUCAAUCAAGAAUGAGAAGCUUGAAUGGGCAGUAGAUGAUGAAGAGAAAAAAAAAUCUCUCUCAGAAGGGACCGACGAGAAGGCUAAUGGGACCCAUCCAAAGACCCUCAGUCGUAUUGGGAGUACCACCAACCCGUUCUUGGACAUUCCUCACGAUCCAAAUGCUGCUGUGUAUAAAAGUGGAUUCUUGGCUCGGAAAAUCCAUGCAGAUAUGGAUGGAAAGAAGACUCCAAGAGGAAAGCGAGGAUGGAAAACCUUUUAUGCUGUGCUGAAGGGAACAGUUCUUUACUUGCAAAAGGAUGAAUAUAAACCAGAAAAGGCCCUGUCUGAAGAGGACUUGAAAAAUGCAGUCAGCGUGCACCAUGCCCUGGCAUCCAAGGCCACAGACUACGAGAAGAAGCCGAAUGUGCUUAAACUUAAAACUGCUGACUGGAGAGUUCUGCUUUUUCAAGCCCAGAGUCCAGAAGAAAUGCAAGGAUGGAUAGACAAAAUUAAUUGUGUUGCAGCUGUAUUUUCUGCACCACCAUUUCCAGCAGCCAUUGGGUCUCAGAAGAAGUUUAGCCGUCCCCUUCUGCCUGCCACUACAACAAAAUUAUCUCAGGAGGAACAGCUGAAAUCUCAUGAAAGCAAGCUGAAGCAGAUUACCACCGAGCUGGCCGAGCAUCGCUCGUAUCCCCCCGACAAGAAAGUGAAAGCCAAGGAGAUAGAUGAAUACAAACUGAAGGAUCACUAUCUGGAGUUUGAGAAAACACGUUAUGAAAUGUAUGUCAGCAUUCUAAAAGCAGGAGGCAAGGAGCUCCUGAGUGACAGUGAGAGGGAAGGAGCUGGACUGAAGAAGUCUCACUCAAGUCCUUCACUGAACCCAGAUUCAUCUCCUGUCACUGCCAAGGUCAAGCGUAAUGUGUCGGAGAGGAAGGACCACCGACCAGAAACACAAAGCAUUAAGCAAAAAGUUACUUAGAGUCCUCUGCAGCCAGGAAUUGCUGGUCAUGGAGCAAAUUAGGGGUUCUCAAGAUCUUUCUGGUAAUCUGUGGAUAUAUUAAAAAAAAAAAUUCUGUCACUUAAUGGUGCAUUAGUAACCUUUCCUAUUGUACAUUUCAGUUUCUUUACAGAUUGUCUCUUUGCUCUUGAUUUCUUUGCUUUGAUGAAUUUUGCUACUUGAUAACUAAUGCACCUUUUUGUGAGGGGGAGAGGAUCAUGAUUUCAGAAUGAAUUAUGUAUCCCUUCUCCUUUGGUUUUCUCUUGUUUACACUCUGCUCAGUUGUUUUAUGUACUCUCAAAUCAGCCAUUACACUUUUUUUUUAAGGUUAAAAAAAUGUAGUCCUUCGUGGAAGACUUAACUGGACAAACAUUGUAGCUUAGUAAAUUCUAGCCAGAGCUAAUAUAAGCCUGUGUACAUGAAAUCUUGCCCAGUCACAGAAGUGGAAUUGACCAUUCACUGAAGUUCAAGUAAGAAUUCCGGUGCUGGGAAUGAAGAUUUCCCAACGUGAUGCAGCUGUGCCGGCAUCUUAGCACUUAACUGUCGAGUUCUGACCCUGCCAGAAGCAGGGAGAGGGGGCAUGAAGAUUGCAGGACUGGAGAACUUGGAGAAGCACGUUAGCUUGCUCAAAGUGUCGAUUCCGUUUCAGCCAAGCCAGAGAAAGAGGAAAUGGAGGCAUUUUGCCAUUGAAUGUUGAGGAAAGGUUGACACCAAGUUCAUUUUGUUUCCUCAAGGGUAGUGGCAAUAAUAGCUCUUGGGUUGCUGCAGCGGUAGCCAUGUGUUUGGUCAAUAGGAAAUUGUUACCUCAGCCUCACAGUAUCUAGACUAGGAACCCAGAAUCAUCUCUGUCUUCAAGACCCUUCCAUCCAGGACUAGGUUCUUUUUUGCUCUACAUAUAUCUAUAUAUAGGCAUGGGAUUAUCUCCCGGCUGUAUGAGAAUUUAGAGUCUUCCUUCCUAACAAAAUAAGGUUGAAAAUGGAACCCCUUUUGUUCUUCCCUUAAGUUGAGACAAAGUAAGGGGGGAGAAAAGUAGCUGUGGUUGUGCACCACUGGAACAUUGGCUCUUUAAAAUACGUCUGAAAGUAAUGAAUAGUCUGAAUGAAUUUGGUGGAAAACCAGGAAUUUGCUGUUUACAUAUGCAAAUUUACUUAUUUUAUUCUUUACUCAAUCCUAGAUAGCCCCUUCACUCUGCUACUAUUGAACCCUAAAAAUAAAUACUUUAUCUCUUUUAAAUCAUUUAGUUCUACCUACUGAAAAUAGUUCUUUUAACCUUACAGUCACGGGCUUGUUCCAGUGACGAUCCCUUUGAUAUUCAGGGGUGAUACACAGAACGUUCUCUUGGAGAGGAAGUGCAAGUUCAGCCCACUGUGACUUAAACUUUCUGAUAUCCAAACCUUGAAACUCUAUAAUCCUUAAAGCUAUAAUCUCCACAAAUGGCACAACUUCAGAACCGAUGGAAUCACUUUUCUAUUCUGUAGAAAUUUGCUCUAGUUCUUCUACUCAGUUUAUUAGUUGAAGGUACUAUGACCAAAGAAUCAGCUGCUCAGUGUGAAUAGCGUGGUUCCAGGGAAUUAGAGAAAACCACGGUCGUUCCUCAAGUGGUAGAGUCUAUUGUUAUGAUUUAACAGCAUUUAGUUAUAGGAUUAUUUAUUAAUAUUUAAUUUCUUCAUCUACAUAAAUGCCCUUAUUUGCUUGGUGCCCAGAGAAGAGUAACCUCUUUCUCUCUUAGGUUGUAGCUCCUUGCUUUGUGAUAAAGUGUUUGCCAUACCUUCGGAAAACUCUCUAUUUUGUUUAGCUCGAGUCAGUGACGGAAUUUAUGUUUCAAGACCGAGUAACAAACAGGGACCUUACUGAUAUGGCCCGUGUACCUGAUUCAUUUUUGCAGCUUCUGACUGCAUCUGAGGUUUCCACAAGGGAGUCAGCUUUCUUCCUAGAAUUAUCAGCCUGCUCUCAGCCCCGAUAUUUAUCCUAAGCAGAGGGGAGAGACGUACCUAGACCGUAUCAUCUAUGAGCUUCAGUAAUUGAAGAAAAAUAAAUAUCCCUGAUUGGGCUUGAAUAGGUUUGCCCACAGUCUGUGUGCGUGUGUCUAUAUGUAUAGUAUGUUUAUGUGCAUUUUACUUAAAGGAUAUAAUAUGUAUGGAAUGGUACUUUGCCACAGUAUUUCUGACAUUUAGAUGAAUCCUGAAAAACUUGGUUAGCAUCAGCAGCACUAAAGCAUUGUUCCUGUUACGUCCAUGUUAUGUCCGUGAACUUCUGGGUGUGCUAAUAGAUAGUUGGAUGAGAAGGACACGUUUGAAGCUACUGUCUGCUGUGUUUGCUUAGUUUAUCUUCAAAAACAACUUGAGAGGCUUCUUCUGUGAGCUGGGACCCCUCACCCCAGCAUGAUGUUGUCCAUCUGUAGGUGAUGUCUUCCCUGAUGUCUCUGGAAGGUUACAGUCUGUUGGUGCACAUGGCAAGCCAGGAGCUUAUCCUGUGUGAGGAAAUGGCCUUCUCCGAUUUGACUAGAUGCUGAGAGUCUGGCCCAUAGUAGUCUGUGUUUUUUGCUGUGGUAAAUUCUUUCCUAUGGUGUCUGCCCAGAAGAAAUCGAAGACAUUUCCAUUCAGAGCUCCUUCCAGCCUGCUGCCUAAUUCACGGUACAGAGGAGCUCCCCUGCUCCUCCUUUCCUUUGAAGGUACUCCCUGCUCUCAACCAUGCCUCACCCCCACCUCAGCACCCAGGAGCCUUGGGUUUCUCCCCAUGUGGUAAACCUUUAUUCCUCUUGAUGUAAAUACACUUACUCUUAGUUUUUAGUAUUGGAAAUCUUGAUAGUCAUCAAAGUACCUUGGAGACAGCCUUGUUGGAAAAUUGACCAAAAGAGUGGCCCAUAUGUAGAAUGUUUGUUUCAGGGCUUGUUUCCCAACCUGGCAUGCUGACUUUUACAAUGGGGUGUCGGGAAUUCCUUGUUAGCAGUCAAACCAAAAUUGUUAGCAUAGAGAGCCCUUGCAUUGUUGCCAGGCCAUAGGUAUCAUUGUUGGUGAGCUUUUGGUAAAUUAUUUUGUUAGCUCUUAGCAUUGUCUAAUUAAACCAAGAAAUACUUCUGUACAUGUUAAUUAAUCUCAGUAAAAACAACAUAUGGGAGAGUCCUCUGGUAGAAAUGUGGUUCCUAGAUUAUCUGUAAUCUUUUAUUUUACUCUGAGAUAGAGAGGAUAGGAAGCAACUGCACCAUUUACAAGACGUUCUUUGUUUCUCGGACUGUUAUCCUAAUCCAGAAGACAAGGACUGUUUCCUAGUUAGAAGUGACAUGAGGGAAUUCAUUCUGAAAAAGGAAAAUCUGUCUGGCUUUCCACGGCCAAAUUAGGAUUAGUGUCUUAAAUUUAUAUUCUACCCUGUGGCCAAACCACAGAUCUUCUGAGGUCUGGGGAGGAAGCUCUUGGCUAUCUAAGCACAAAGUUACAGAUCGUUUUCUGCUGUCCCUUGCCUAUUGCUCUAUCAUAUAAAUAUCAAGAGAAGAUGCUCUUAGGUAGGGCAGAGGGCUCUUUUGGCCAUUGAGCUGUACCUCUUCUCUGCCCUUUUCCCUAAUCCUAGACAAAUGGAAGAAAACUGGCCUUGAGGAAGUUUCUCCAUUGUCUUACUGUCGAGAUCUUCUGAGUUGAGAUGGUUGCUGGUAGAAUUUGAAAUCCUUUGGCAUUUUCCCUUGUAGUCAUGAGUUAAGCCAGGUUGGUAGGCCCCUUCCUUAACUUCAGCACUGAGCUAUCCCCUUCAUUUCUCACAUGACAGAAUUGUAAACUAGCACUUAAAACAAUGAAUCAAAGUGUUUGAGGAAUGCUUAAAAGUUUAGUUUAUGAAUCAUAGUGCUACUUUGGGCUUAAUAGUAUCUGCUUUUCUUACAAAGCAUUCUUACAGAAAAAGAUCAGUCAGCUUUAUAGGCAGAUGAGGUUCUGGGCCUACCUUGCUCCAAAACUUUCUGGCUGUCCCUUCUCCCACACCAGACUACUUCUCUGCCCAAGGUCAGCAGAUGUCUCCCCACCCGUCUUUUGGCAUCUUGCACCAUCAAGUCAUCCAGAGGACUUUAGAAACCAAUAGUUCAUCACCAGAUAAUCUCAACAAGUGAGAGAGGGGUGCCUUGUUACUGUUUCUCUCAGAUUCCUUUUCAAUCUCUCACUCUUAAAAAAAGGACUGAAGUCCAAGGUCAGUCUCCUUUGUACCUACAAUAUCCAAAACCCAGUGCGCAGCCUUCUGCCCAGGACAACAGAUGGCCCAUUGCAUGCAGAGAGAAUGUCUUCACAGAGAGAAUGUCAGUAAAUACUUGAGCAUGCAUGACAGUUUGUUGACUUGAAUGCAACAGCAAGAAAAUAUUGCAAGUUAAGUGAUUGUAUAUAUGAUAGGGCUCCUUUAGUCUCUUUGGCUCAUUCUUCGUAAUUUAUGUGUGUAUGUGUAAUAUUGCAGGCUUUUGGAGAAUAUUCAUACAGAUAGUAUGUCAGACAUCAAAGAAAAUGCUUUCUGUCACCUGCCAAUGGUGUAUUUGUGGAUAUUUAUAGUUGUAUGUAUGUAUAUGCAUCAAUGUGUAGAUUGUAUAUCAAUAUAUAUGGUACGUGUACAUCAAAAUUAUUUGUGUCUUAACCAAUGUGAUAUGAAAAGCAAGUAAAAACCUCAUAGGAUUGAUUAUAUAAUGCAGUUGUUGAUAGUAUAUAUAGUGGUAUUGUUUUAUUAAACUUCAAUUCAAAUAAUAUUUUGAUUAAAUUUUUAAUAAGAUUUUAUGCUAAAAACUCCAUUCUUCGAGCUUUGAAAUCAUCAGGGCAAAAAUGACUUUGAACUAACUUUGUGAAACUAUUGCAGUGUACUAUGUACAGUACCAAGGGGGUAGUUUAUUGUUAUUUGGAAAUACUGAAAAAAGAAAAAAGACAAAAAAAAAAAAGAAAAACAGGCAACCUGUGCAGUCUUUGCAACUUUAGUAAUAAGAGCACUUAAAACACAAAGU